AUGAGGACGAAUGAACAUCAGUCCACGUCCCACCUAGCUUCUACGCCAAAUACAAAACGCACUGUUUCCGAGAGUUCCAGCUAUUUUAAUUUGCAAAAACAACCUGAAGAAGAAGUUGUGCUUCAAACACAAGAAAAAGGAUCGCUUCCAACUCGAGCUAAUCUCAAAGCCAUUAGCAGCCUUGUAGAGGCAGCACAAACCGUUGUCUUUACUUCGGUCUCCUUGCAGCACACCGUAAGUCGUUGUCUGAAUUAUAUAGGAAAUGAUAGCCUUCAUAUGGCUUUUUCAGCUUCUUUACAAAAAGCAAAAGCGAGUACUGAAAAAGUGGUGCGUACACUGGCUGUGAUAGAGAACGAUCCUGCUACUCCAAAAAUAGUGCAGGAACUUCCGCAAACAGUCAGUUUUUGUAUACUUAUAUUGAAAGACUUAUGCUCAACUUUGAGGACAAGGCUGUCUAUUUUAGUUCAAGGAUUUGAUGCGAAGCAUUCUCGGCAUCUACUGACGAGUAUUUACAGUGCCUCUGUAGAUAUCAAGAGUGCAUGGGAGACCGUACGGCCCUACUUGACGAUUGACCCUACCUACACAUUGGCCUCUCUACGAUCCAUGAAUGCGACUCCCUUGACGACGCCUAUGAAAGUCAGAUCACAACAGGAAUUCAAGACUUCUUCAGCAGCCAAUUCGCCAUCCAUUGUAAAACCAGAUAACAGCCAACUUUAUGCACAAUUGAAGAUGCUAGUAUCCAGUUCGUUGAAUGUCAUUGGCUUGUUAAACCAAUCUAUCGGAAAAACACUACAGAAUAAUAAUUAUCAAGGAGGAGCAGCGUUGGAAGGGAAGUUGAAUGGUUUAAUAAGACAAACCCAGUAUGCAACAGAGUUGUCCCAGUCGUUGAGCAAACAUUUAGAGGUGAUGAUGGCAAUGAAAAACGAGGAUUUCUUGAAAUCACCAAGGCGGAAAGAAUCAAGUAGGCGUAUGUGGGAAGACACCUCAAUAUAUUUAAAGGCUAUUGUAAGCAUUAUGACUUUGAUUCGGUCAAUAUCAACUGAAGAGGAUUUUCAAUGGCCAAAACCAAUAAAGCAGGGAUGUUUGUACGUCACUCGUAUGUCGGCAGAAGUCGCUAAACUAUGGAAUCGCUCUAGCACUUUUGCUGAGGAUGGUUAUUUUCUAGGUAGACAGUCCUCAUCGAAUACUUCUUCCUCAGCCAGCACUCCCGCUGCUGUCGGUGGUCCUGCAACUCCUGCCACGGUCCUGCAUCAUCAUGCUAUAGAUAUAGAGAGAAAAGGCAGUAGUUCCAAUACCUCUGAGCAGUCUUUAUCACCUGCUACUGCUACUAUACCCAAGCAAUAAAAUUUCCCUUCCCCUUCCCUUUCCUCUUUUUCUUCUAUUUUCUAUUUUCUCCAAUCACACUUUUCAAGGGCUGUCAACUAUGCCACCUCUUUUACUAUGCCGUAGUAUACACUUUAAACGGAUACCGAAUUAUAAAGGCUAUUGGACAGAGAUACUCAAUCGUGCGGUCGAUCCCGCAUUACAGCAGCAGCGGCCUUCGAAGAG